UUUAUUGACAAAUCUAGUCCGCCCUCAAUCUCGGCGCUGAAAGAUGGAACGCCCGGCAGAUUAAAUCGCCAGGCGUCGAGGCCUCAGAAUCUGGACACGCUUCGCAAACCGUUCAAAUGCCCCUCAUCAGCCACCGCAGCAUCAACGUCGGAUCGCCCUGCUAGAAAGAAGAGGAAGGUUGAUUACAGAGGUGCCGAUGAAAACGGACCAUCGAGUGUCGAUGCAUCAUACGACGGUAGUGGUCGCCAAAUACCAUCACUGCCCAAGUUCCCAGUCUUCCAAGUGAAGGAUAAAAGUGUCGUCUUCCGAAAGGCCUUCUCCAUCCCCCUAAAGGACAAGUCGCAGGCCACAUACGAUGCAUCAAGGCCGCCACCGACUCUUGGUCUCCGACGCGGCGUUGUUUUUGUCCCCAAGCCUCUGCACGAUCCGUCUGGAGAAUUUGCCAUUGUUCUGUACGACCCCACGGUUGAUGCGAAGCCGGUUGCAGCUCAAGAGAUCGCGGUACAACCACAGGCAGAACCCUCCAAAAUUGACAGCCCCAUCGUGCAUAAAAGCCUGGCUGAGAUUCUCGGAAUCAAGAAACAAGUGGAAGAAGAUCACCCGAAAGUGCCGGUCGUCAUUGAUCCCAAGCUCGCCAAAUGUCUCCGUCCUCACCAGAUUGAAGGAGUCAAAUUCAUGUAUAAGUGUGUUACGGGGCUAGUUGACGAGAAGGCCCACGGAUGCAUCAUGGCCGACGAGAUGGGACUCGGCAAAACGCUCCAAUGUAUUACCCUCAUGUGGACGUUGCUCAAGCAAUCCCCCCAUGCCGGAAAAUCCACUAUACAGAAGGCCAUCGUGGUGUGCCCUGCGAGUUUGGUGAAGAACUGGGCAAACGAGCUGACAAAAUGGCUCGGUCCUAAUGCCAUCAACCCCUUUGCCAUUGACGGCAAGGCGCCCAAGGAAGAGUUGAGGCGACAGCUUCGCCAAUGGGCGAUUGCCUCUGGCCGAUCCAUCACUCGACCGGUCAUCAUCGUCUCGUACGAGACUCUGCGUCUCAAUGUUGAGGAGCUCAAGCACACCAAGAUCGGCCUCCUGUUUUGUGAUGAAGGCCAUCGCCUGAAGAACGCAGACAGCAACACCUUCAACGCUCUCAACGACCUGAAUGUGUCCAGACGAGUCAUCCUAACCGGCACUCCUAUUCAAAACGAUCUGACAGAAUACUUCGCCUUGACCAGUUUUGCCAAUCCGGAUCUACUUGGAUCGCGAUUGGAAUUCCGAAAACGUUUCGAGAUCCCCAUCUUGCGUGGCCGUGAUGCAGAUGCAUCGGAAGAAGACCGCAGACGCGGAGACGAAUGCACCAGCGAACUGCUCGGUGUUGUCAACAAGUUCCUGAUUCGCCGAACAAAUGACAUUCUGUCCAAGUAUCUUCCGGUCAAGUAUGAACAUGUGGUGUUUUGCAACUUGGCUCCGUUCCAGAUCGACCUCUACAAUUAUUUCAUCACGAGCCCGGACAUCCAAGCCCUUCUCCGCGGUAAAGGCAGCCAGCCUCUGAAGGCCAUCAACAUUCUCAAGAAGCUUUGCAACCACCCCGAUCUUCUGAAUCUUUCGGAUGACCUUCCUGGCUCAGAAAAAUGCUUCCCGGAUGACUAUGUUCCCAAGGAAGCUCGCGGAAGGGAUCGGGAUAUCAAGCCCUGGUAUUCGGGGAAGAUGCAAGUCCUCGAUCGAAUGCUUGCUAAGAUUCGAGAAGACACCAAUGACAAGAUUGUCCUCAUCAGCAACUACACAUCGACCCUGGAUCUUUUCGAACGUCUCUGCAGGGAUCGCCAAUACGGAUGUCUACGCCUCGACGGAACCAUGAACGUGAACAAGCGUCAAAAACUGGUUGAUCGUUUCAACGACCCAAACGGAGACGAAUUCAUCUUUUUACUGAGUAGCAAGGCGGGAGGCUGCGGCAUCAAUCUCAUCGGAGCGAACCGCCUUGUACUUUUUGAUCCGGAUUGGAACCCUGCUGCUGAUCAGCAAGCCCUGGCCCGAGUCUGGAGAGACGGCCAGAAGAAGGAUUGCUUCGUCUACCGCUUCAUCGCCACCGGCACCAUUGAGGAGAAGAUCUUCCAAAGGCAGUCCCAUAAGCAGAGCUUAUCAUCGUGCGUGGUAGAUUCUGCCGAAGACGUGGAGCGUCAUUUCUCCCUCGACAGUCUGAGAGAGCUCUUUCAAUAUCGACCAGACACGACCAGCGACACCCACGACACAUUCAAAUGCAAAAGAUGCAAGCCCGAUGGCAGACAGUUUAUCAAGGCGCCUGCUAUGCUGUAUGGCGAUACGAGCACAUGGAACCAUUUUGUGAAUUCUGGGCUGCAGCCCAUACAAGAUUUGCUGCUUCGCCAAGAGCACGGAGGGAGCGAGGUUUCUGCUGUAUUUCAAUACAUAUCGCAUUAAAAUUAGACUUAGCU